AUGUCAUUGUGUUCAUCUUUUUUGGGUCUCUACGUUUUCAUCGAAAUAGAGCAGUGGUCGCAAUAUAAGGAAUACGAAAGAACACCUAAACCAUUCCCAUCCGAUUCCGCAACGGUGGUGGCUUCUGCUUUGACAUCUAUCACCAAUUCACCUGUCAUAACUUAUUAUGAGUAUUUAUCAAGAGAUGAGAAUGAUACAAGACUUUAUGAACAAUUGGAUUUCCAAAUAUUUUACAAGGCUUACUUGAGUGGUGGUAUAAUAUCAUCCCAUCAUCAUCAUGUUGACAAAAACGUUCCGUUUGAUGUUCACAUUGAAACUUUAACUGGGGUUAAAUGGUUGGUCGGAAAUUUAACCGGUAAAACCACCGUUCAAGAAUUAAAGGAACGAAUUCAAGAAAUUUGUUUCAUACCCGAUACCACUUCUCAGCGUUUGAUAUUUAAUGGUCGACACCUUUUAAACUCAAAGAGGUUAGGUGCCUAUAAUAUUGGUCAGGAUAACGUGAUCUAUUUGGAAGUCCGAGGUUCUUUGGAUUCUAUCAAAUUCUUAAAUUCUGAUUUCUUAAAUUUAAUACAUCAUUUGGAUGAAAAAUCACAAAAAAAACUCCCCGGAAGAUGUGAUUGGAAAAGAAUUCCUUUAACCCCUUCAUCAACCGAAAAACAUUCGAUAUACAAAACAUGGCCAUACUCUUAUCAUGGAACGUCAACGCGUAAAUCAAGAACGAUCGCGGAUGAUGGAUUGAUUCAUAGUAAACGUAGUAAACUUCAUAAAUUUACCUUUGGUCAUGGAAUUUACACAACCCCUGAUAAAAAUUUGGCUUCAUUAUACUCUCAUACUUUUAUUUUUAAUGGUUCAAAAUAUUUGAUUUUGUUACAAAAUCGUGUUAAUCCAAAGACUUUGGUUCGGUUAUCUAGAAAAGGUGAUGGUGAUUAUUGGGUAUCUCCAAGUGAUGAUGAUUUAAAACCUUAUGGUUUACUUAUCAAGAAGAUUGGUUAUUGUAAAUGA